AUGUGUCCCGUCUGUCCCGGUGAGUCUAUCGACCAGUCCCAACACCCGCGCGCCAAGGCCAUGCGUGGUGUGGUCGAUGAAAAGCUGGGAGAAGGCCUGAUGAACGAUGAGAUCAGGGAUUUCUUCGUCGAGCGAUACGGCCAAAGCGUCCUGCUCGAACCCCGGCGAGAGGGUCUGAACUGGCUCGUGUGGGUCGUUCCCCCUGUCGGCAUCCUCGCCGCGGCCCUUGCCCUGUACUUUGUCCUUCGUCUGGCCGUCCGUUCGUCACCCCGAACCGAGGGGACAUCGGAUCAUGCGGCUGUUCUGACCGCAGCCGAGCGCGACGUUUACUUCCAGCGCAUCGAGGCCGCUCUGGCGUCCGAUUCGGAAGGCGAACGUCCAUCCCGCACGACUGCGGAGACCCCCGACCCGGGAGAAGCCGUUGCUGGUUGA